AUGCUUGCCGAGUCUAGAUGGCUGAGAAGUCAGCCCCGAAGGCCUGUCCGACCUUAUAUUGCGGAGUGCGAAGACCUCUUUGGUGUUUUGCCCAAGUUCGCGUCGGAAGAAGAGGACUGGCGCUCUUUCGGCUACUUACUUGGCUGUCCUAGUCAGUCUGACAAUCUGUCCAGCGAGCUUGAGUGCGAAGACGAAGCUACCAAGUAUCUGAGAAAGACGCCGGAACGGAGCUGUAGGCUCGGUAAAUUUCUGUCAACUUAGAGGCUUUUGAAAGAGUUUUGUUUUCAACGUGAUAAUGAAGCCGGUUUCUAGAAGCUGAAGGCAUAACUACCUUUUCUUUGAACCACUGAAUACUGUUUCAUUUGAAUGUAUCCAUUCUUCACAGAUAACAAAGAACUUUUCAGCCAAAAACCGUCCAGCAACCCAACUAGCCAAUCUUGGAAUGGUUAGAGAAGCCAAACGUGCCGUUCUCGAUCCGGCAGACAUCAGUCUGGGCGGCGACGCCGUCGAUUGGACUAAAGAAAGCUCCCCAGACCCUAAAUCCGUGAGUCUAGAGGUGUUCGGGCGAGAACUAGCAGACUAAUCCAGAAGGCCGACGAGUCUGAGCAGAAGGAAGAGCAGUCGAUCGCGACGAAUGUGGCCAGACGUCGACGCAACUCGACGCUUUCAGAAGACGACAGCCAGAAAAAGCCCAAAGAACGAAAGGUCUAUCUAUUUUUGAUCUUCAAAACCUAAAUUACUUUUUUCCAGUUGUCUGAAAAUAAGGAAAUUGAGAGGAAAACUUCGCGCCGCCGCACGCCGUCUCACUCAAGCGACAACGGUGAUGCUCAGCAGAAGGAUGAAAAAGUUUUUCGUCUAAAAAUUAUAUUUCAAAACCUCCUGGUGCUGCAGGAAUCAUCACGGCCCGAUUCUGUGCGCGAAGGAACUCCUGACAUCGACACCAGCGUUCCGCAUUGCGUCUGUCAGACGCUCUACGACGAAACCAAGUAAAUUCAUAUGAAAGAAGACGAUCUAUGAAUCACAGCCUUGGUAGUCAAAAAGGGAAAACUAUUUCUAAUUUGUGAAUACUUAAAAAAGAGAAGGAAUGAAAUAUUUUAGAAAAAAUUAACCCCGAUGAACUUAAGCUCACAGAAAAAAAGCUAACCAACUUGGAAAUUUCAGCUCGAAAAUAUUUUCGCAAAAAUUUAGAUAAAAAUUAAGAUAAUUUGCAAAAAUGAUCAUUGAGAAAUGAAAGAUCAUGGUGACUCAACGAAACAUUGAGAUAAAUGGAAAAAAAACUCAAAAAAACCUUAAAUAUUAUUUACGCUGUUGUUGUAGUUGUUGUUGGUGUUCAUAGAGCGCAUUGCAUUUUUUUUUCAAGACUUUAGCUCGCUGAGCCGUUAAUUCAGGGAUUGAAACUUCUGAAGAAGUUUUCUCGGCUGUUUUGUUAGAUGAUUUCAGAUUGUUAAGACUUGAAAUUCAUUAAGAUUCUACUUGAUGUGCGACACGUGCUCGGGCUGGUUCCACGGCGACUGCGUCGACGUCACCGAGCGGAUGGCGGCGCGGAUGAGUUCUUGGAACUGCAACGCGUGUCUCGAAGAGUCGCGUCGCAUCAAAGACGCGCCGCAGCUCUACUGCAUCUGCCAAACGCCCUACGACGACACCAAGUACCUAUCAGGGUUUCUUCUGCGCGUUGAGCCAACUUGUUUCAGAUUUUACGUCGGUUGCGAUUCGUGCGAGGGCUGGUUCCAUCCGAAGUGCGUCGACAUUACCCAAGAGUUCGUUCCCAUAUAUUUUUUUUGUAGGCAAUUUUCCGCUACAGGUUUUCCAUCACUGAUUUCAUGUUCAACUUUACUUUCUCAAUUUUAUUCGGUCACUUCCUCAGUUUUGGCUUUUAUAGGUGACUACAUUAUACAACCGCUGCCUAAGAGCAUAGCUAACACUCAAGAUUUCUGAUUAAAUAGGAUCAUAGAAGUUAAAUUUAUUUGUAAUUUUUUUUUCAAAUCUGUAUAUUUUUCAGGUUAGAUGAUAAUAUCAUUAUGAGUCCAAAAAGAACAAGAAAGUCAGAAAAUACUGAAUUUAGGGUUGUUUUAUUUUUUCAAACUUGCCGUGUUAGGAAGCAACUUUUUUUUCUUCAUGUUGCGCAGCUUCAAAUCCAAGAGCUUUCAGAGCUGCUGAAGAAAUGGCCGAGUACAUUUGUCCGUCGUGUGCUGAGCAAGACGAGGAAGGAAAGGAGCAGGGCUACGAAUCCUCCAACAGCGAAUACAGUGUCGAGAGUUUCGAGAGCUCCAAUCAGCUCACGUUAGUUUUCCUCCGAGUUUUCUGAAAAGAUCCGGAGGAAUUUCAGACGACUGGACUAUCAUUUUCUGUGGCAACUGCUGGAAACGCUAUCGGAGCACAGAAACUCGCAUCAUUUCCGUCAACCUGUCGACCUUGAGCAGCACCCCGAUUACCUGGACGUUGUUUCGAGCCCCAUGGGUCAGAGAAAACCUCGUCCAAUUUGAACUUCUUCUUGUGUUCAGACUUGUCGACGAUCUCUCACAAGCUCGAAGCCUUGGAAUACCACACGUUGAAGCAAUUUAUCGGCGAUGUGACUCAAAUGUUCGAAAACGCCAAAGCUUACAACCCAAAGGUAUGUCUCUCCGAUGUAAAAAAAACAGUUUUCUCCUCAAAAUGCUGGAAAAAAGCUGAGAAGAAUCAAAUUUCAAAUGAAACGCGAUGAUUUUUGAAUCACGCUCAUCAGUGUUUCCAAGGCUGAAUCGGAAAAUUUCACAACAACUGGCUUUCAGAACAGCGCCCCAUAUCACUGUGCGGAGACGCUUCAGGAGGUCUUCGAGAGCCAUUUGGCGGAGGCGCGCGCCUCGAUGCGCGCUCGGGCCAACGUCGACCGACGUCACAUCUCCGAGAGCCGCACUCUUGACGGCUCCCUCGACAUCGACACCGACCAGCUCAUCACCAACCAGAUAGAUCCUACCAUUCUCGACCGCUUCCUUCAGAAUUCCGAUGGCCAUCUCUGA